AUGUCUUUAAGCACGUGCGUACAAAGUGAUAGAUGGCUUUCCAAUAGCAUCAAUGAAAGUUACGAAAGCAUGCCAAUUAAAGAAUAUGAGCAAACUGAUCCUGAACUAGCUGAGCUAGAAAAUUUAUCACGAAAUUUGGCUAGCAAGCUAGAAAGAAUAAAUGACGACAUAAAUGUGCUGAAGAAAAGAAAAGAUAAGUGCCAAGACAAAACUGAGAAGUAAAAUUAAUAUAGACUUGAAGAAGAGAAUUGCUUAUUAGAAAAAGAAAAUGAAGAGCUAGAAGAAGAAAUAAAGCAAUUAGAAAGGACGCUGUAUUUGUGACAGCACCAAGAGCAAAUGAAGUCUCCAAAGCAUAAACCUAAGCAAAGUUCUGCAAUUAACAGAGUCCCUGCGCUUGUAUCAACUUCUUUUUUAAAUAAAUCUUUAUCAAUGAAAAGUGAAGAAGAUCCAGAAGACGAUCUUGGCAUUGUAGAAGCCAUACAUAAGCAAAUUAUUGAAAUGAGAAAUACUUUUCAAGACCAAGCUAUUGUCUUGUACCAGUUACAAGAUUUUGUGAAUGAAACUUAUAACGAUCGCAUUGAAUUUCAGAAAAUAGUGAUGGAAGUAGAAAAUGAUAAGAAAAAAGCUUCAAAGUUAAUUGAAGAUUAUUAUGUUAAGAAAGCGACAACUUUUGAGUCUAUGAAACAAGAAAGAUCUUCGCUUUUCGGCGGAAGCAUAGUUAAAAGUGAAGAAGACAUGACUUUUGGCAUGCAUGAAAAUUCUACCCCCUCCAUGAGCGAACAAAAAAAAAUUGUUUGGGUUAUUUUUUUUUAAAAAAAAUUUCUAAAUAAAUUUUAUCGUAAAUUUAUUUUAGAUUUACAAAUCCCAGAGAUUUCAUUGUGCUGGUUAUCAUCUAUUUAUCAAAAUAUUUUUCAUGAAAAGUUAUAUUUAAAAACAGUUUGCUCGUUGACAGAGAUGGUUUUUGGGCAAAAAACAGUGAUCUUUCCUUGGUUUUGUUCGCUCAAGGAGAGGAAGUAAGGAUUUUUGUAAAUAUAUUAUCAAAAUUAGUCCAAAAGAACGAAAAGUUAAGAAAAAUUUGUUUUGCCAGUAUAUUAAUUCGAAGAAGCACAAUAUUAAAAAUGCCAGUUAGGGAUAGGUCCUAGCUCCUGCUCAAACAGGAUGGACCUAUAAACCGAGUUUAGUGAGAGAAGUCAAUCUUCUUGAGAGUCUCGGCUUGAAGAGAAGGGUUGGUGCUGAGGCUGGCAUUGACUAGAGAAGUCUUAACGGGCUUAUUAACUUUAACGGUGUUCACCUACCGUUGUUCAGAGCUGCUAAUUUAGCUGAACCUCAAGUAAAGGGGACUUUAUAGGCAUUUAAAAUGCUAGAGUAAUUCAAUAAACUUAAACUUAAACUUAAAUUCGAAGAAAAAAAAAGCGUUAAUGAAAAACUCUGCACUUUAUAGAACACAUAUUCUGAUGCUGCAUAUGGACUGCUAA